AUGUCUGAGCCCAUCAGGAAUAAGAAGGCGGAUUUCCCCGUGGCCCCGACACCACAGAAUACCCCGGCCAACAAUGCCCCCAUCUCUUCUCAUGCCCAGCAGCCUGGAAUAGCCAGCAUCAAAGAAGAGUCCCUUGACCAUGCCACAGCAGCUUCUCUGUUUGCACGCAACCCGGCGCUUGUCUCGAUGAUACAGGGGAAAUUGGGAUCCCUUGUUGGCCGUUCUUCGGGCUACAUUGAAUCCUUGCCUGUGUCAGUCCGCCGGCGUGUCGCUGGUUUAAAAGGUAUCCAGAAGGAGCACGCUACAUUGGAGGCUCAGUUCCAGGAAGAGGUUUUGGAGCUUGAGAAGAAGUACUUCGCAAAGUUCACUCCUCUGUAUAAGAGACGUGCUACGAUAGUCAAUGGAGCUGCAGAGCCUACCGACAAUGAAAUCGAAGCAGGGCAGGGCGACGACGAGGAUAUUGACACCAAAGAUGAUAGUGAAAGUGCCAAGGAAGAGGACAAAGACGCAUCCAUUGCCGGUAUACCUGAGUUUUGGCUUUCGGCCAUGAAGAACCAAAUUUCUCUUGCGGAGAUGAUCACCGAACGCGAUGAAGAGGCCCUGAAGUCUCUCAUUGAUAUCCGUAUGGAAUAUCUUGAUCGCCCAGGAUUCCGUCUUAUCUUUGAGUUUUCCGAGAACGUUUUUUUCACGAACAAGGUCAUCUCUAAAACAUACUACUACAAGGAAGAGAAUGGCUAUGGGGGUGAUUUUAUCUAUGACCAUGCCGAAGGCUCUAAAAUCGAUUGGAAGACCGACAAAGACCUCACCGUGCGUGUCGAGAGCAAAAAGCAGAGAAACAAGAAUACUAAGCAGACUCGGGUUGUCAAGAUCGCUGUCCCCACGGAGUCAUUUUUCAACUUCUUUUCUCCUCCGCAGCCCCCGACUGACGAUGAUACUGUUGCUACCGAUAUCGAGGAGCGUUUGGAACUUGACUACCAGCUUGGCGAAGACAUCAAGGAGAAACUCAUACCUAGAGCUAUUGAUUGGUUUACAGGAGAGGCCCUUCAGUUUGAGGAACUGGGUGAUGACAUGGAUGAGGAUGAAUUUGAUGAUGAGGACGAUGAAGACGAGGACGAGGAUGAGGACGAGGACGAUGAUGACAGAUCCGACCGGGAAGUUGAUGAUGACUCUGAUGAAGAAGACGGAACUUCCAAGCCAAAGAAAGAGGCUGCUGAAUGUAAACAGAGCUGAGGAUAUCCAUCGAGAAAAGAAGCAAGCUCCGAGUGUAAACCGACCCCUCGAGUCCAGCCUCUAAUGAGGUGUUUAUCUUUUGCUAUACUGUCUUUACUUGUCCCUCUCCAUGUUCCUUCUUAUUCUAAUGUUUUCAUUUUCACUUAUUAAUCUUGCCUCAGAUUGUCUGGCUCAUAUCUCUAAUCACUUUCCGUCCAUACCUGUGUC